CGAGUAAUUGUUGACGGUCCCUUCAUUUUCUGAUGAAAUCUCACUCCGACACACGGAAGCAACACGGCGGUUAAAUUAGUCUUUAUUCGCGAAAACCAGAACAGUAUUAACACCGAAAGAAGACAAGAAAUCGUGUAAACUGAGAAAAAAAGCCAACAAAGUGUGUUUCUUGAUCAAGACUCUACUUCGGUUUACUAACCGGUCAGAUAGAUAGCUGCUACUGCUAAGCUAAAACCGCUAAGAUAGUUAGCUUCUCCUGUUCCUAUCUAUGAGCUGCUAAUGCUAAGCUAACCUGUUAGCCUAGCACCGCCGGUGAGACCUCCAGACAAAAUGGCUCUGCUCUCGUCCUCAAACAGGGAUUCAUCCUCCACCGUGUUUUCCGUCGCCGUCUUCACUAAGUUCUCCACCAGAAAGAAGUCCAACCACCGCUGUCAGUGGAGCGCUGCUGCCGGUGUCACGGACAGUAUUCCCUGGAUUCCCUCUCGCUGUGACGGUCCGUGCGCUGAAGACUAAAGUUUCACUAAAAACACUCUAAAUGGAUCAUACAGCGGAACUGAGAUAAUGUCACAUGAGUAUUUAUAAUUAAUAUAUUGGAUAUUUGGCACUUUGAAAAGAAAAUGUUCAGAACUAUGAGCAGUGAGAGACACGGGCAGAGCUCGUCGUCUCCUGCCGACCGUGGAGUCUCCUCUGCCGUGCUUGUAAGCCAGGAAAGCUCGUGGAUCGGCCUUCUGUCUAGGCCCGCGAUGACGUUUCUACAAAGCUAUCUCCCGGGGCGACCGCUCCGUGCCCCGUCCCGGUCUGAUACAGGAACCGGGUGGAACCGCGGGGAUUUAAAUUUAAAAACCAGCUUUGUUGAUGCGGAAAGUGAUUUUUUAAGACAGCUGGACGACAUUAUGCCACUAAACGUCACCCAUCAUCCGGGUCCUCACGUGCCAGUUCUGCGGUGUCAGAACGCCGGAGCCGUCGGGCUGCUGGAGCCCCGAGUCGGCGGCACGAUACCGUGGAUCACCGCCGAUUCUCUGCGGGAACUUGGGAUUCAAAGCGAAGGAAUGGACUUAAAUUCCUGCCACCAGCAAACCCACGAAAGUGGAUAUUUGUCUUCUGCGUGGACUUCUUUAAGUCAUGUUUUUAUAAGCUUGAUUUCAUCUCAGGAAAUCGGCCCCCCAGUGGGGAAGGAGUGGGGGCCAGCGGGGGCCUCUGUGACAGGUGGCAUGGGUAAGAGCAGAACGUGGUGGGACAGUUUCUGGGGUGGCGAGGAAAGCUCCCAGAGAGGGUUGUUAUAUCUGCCCCGGGCCGGCACAGCCCCGACACUUUGUCCACAAAAACAACCAGCGUCUGAAACAAAAAACCCCGAAACAAGCGAAGAGGGAUGGACGCUGGGAGAAAACACUGGAGCCUCUCAGCACAAAGAGGAGUCGGGUAACAAUGGAGGGCUUCACACCGCCCAGAACACCGAGUGGUUCGGUGUUACAGAGCACCGGAGCCGGUUAGGGGCCGGGACUGCUGCCGCCUGCAGUGUGGCGGCGCUGCUGACCCCCGAGACCGACAAUGGUUACUCCAGUCCGGAGGAGGAACACUUACAGCUGUGUGUCCAGGUGUGCCAGCUGAAGAUGUUGAGCGAAGAUCAGCAGGAACAAGAGACAGAAAACACAGGAAAGCGAAACGAGACUUCAGAGGACGGAGAGUCUGACAUUACAUCAGGACAGGAAGUGGAAGAAGAAGAACAGGAAACAGCCGCUGCAGACGCCUCUCCAGAGGAUCCGUGUGCAGCGACACCUCAGUGCCAGAAUAAAGCCAUUGCCUUCAUUAUGGGAUGCCCCUGCAGCGACGACAGCCAAUCAGACGGGUCCUCCUCCUCUGAUGAUGAUGAUGAUGAUGAUGAUGAUAAUGAUGAUGGCUUCGACAGCGAAGGUUUGUCCGACUCGUCCGAUGAAGAAGACGAAGAAGAUUCGGACAGCGAGGCGGACUCUGAGCCGGACUCUGAGGAGGAGCGUCUGUGGCACUCGCUGUGCCGUAGUGUCGACCCGUACAACCCCAGAAACUUCACCGCCCAGCUGCCAGCCACCCGCACGCCACCCCGCACCAUCCCCGCUGUCUCGCCUCCGUCCUCCACACAGUCCUCCCCCGCUUCCUCGCCGCCGUCCGGCGCCGACGUCUGGGACGACUCUGCGUCGGCCAGCGAGGCGGACGAAGCCGAGAGCCUCCGCCUGUUAAACUCCUUCGGCUGCUCCUCCGAUCCAUACAGCCCCUUUAACUUCCAGGCGCCGGUCCGGACUCGAGGGCCCGCCGGGGAGCCACCAGGAACCAGAGCCGGGGCCCAGGCGGCGUCCCAGAUUUCGUGUCGCUCCGCCAGGCGCCGUGACGCAGCGUCUCCGCCGGAGUACAGGACGGAGGAGGCGGAGGAGCGGCUGGACAGUGGAUUCUCUGAACUCUCCACGCAGAGCUGCUCCGUCACUAAGAAGGUUCGUUUCUGUGACGAUGUGGAAGAGUUCUUUGCCAGUGGCGGCGAGGAGGACGAGGAUCGCCGUGGCCCGUGGGAGGAGCUGGCGAGAGACCGCUGUCGCUUCCUGCGGCGCUGCCGCGACACGGAGCAAAGCAUCGCCUACGUCCUGCAGCCGCAACACCGCCGGCGAGUCUGGAGACGCCUUGCCACCGCUGCAGCUCGCGGCGUCCUGGACGCCUGAAUCUGUCCAACGCCUGAGAGAAACCUGUCAGGACGGCGCAGGAAUAUCUGUCCGUCCUCUACGUCCAUAGGGCGAUCGAUCGGUCCUUUCUAGGGCUGUCAAAACUGUCCGAAAAUGAUGUUUGAAUAUUCCUUAUAAAAAAAAAAAAAACACUCAGAGGUUCAAAUAUUUUCGAACAUAGUGGAAGUUAAUCGAGACAGAACUACUUAUAGGGUUGUAGUUCUUCUUAUGUGGACAGUACAAGAAAAGAUGAGACGUUAGAGAGACAGAGGACAGGCGAACUCUCUCUCCAGACUCUUAAAAAACACGAUUCCUAACCAACUCUGAGUGAAAUCUGAAGGGCUGAGAAGUCGUCACUGUGUCUUCUUUUUAUUUUGCAGACGGACAGAAAGUCUGCAGCCGAUUAUUCACAUAAUCAUCUGCUUUACUUUUUCUCUUUCAGGGCAGAAACCCUAAAACCCUGGUGGGACUCUCUAUCUGCAGACAGAAACCUGCCGAAGGUGUUGCGUGUUUUCAUUUUAAGCUUUUAUUUUUCUCUCUGAAGCCAAAGAUUGAAAGCCUCGCUGCAUGGAUGUUAACCACUGAUAAUCAGUAAGUGUUGAGCCUCUAAUCAGUAUCUGCAUCGCUGGUAUUAAAGUCCCUUUAACCAAGUAUCUAACAUCUUAUCUUCAGCUUUUAAUUCCAAACUACAAGUCCUUUAAAUUCACAGUAUUGAAGUCUGAUUUCCAGUUUUUAAGAGAGUCUCAGUCGACUAGUUUAGAUUUAUUUUAUGUGUGUUUCAUGCCAAAUGUUAGCGAGUAUAAAACUCUGAUCUUUAACAGAAAUCUUCAGGCGUCGCAGAUACUAAAUGAAAAUCAUGACUAUCUGAAAUAAACAGAAACCUGUCGUAUGGAAACGUGUCAGUGUCACGUUAUUACGUAAAACGUUUGUUGUAAUGAGAUGUUUUCAUGUUGCUUCAAAAACUUAUUCAAUUAAAACAAGAACAUUUUUCUAUAAUAACUUUGUUUUUCACAUUAAAAGAGAGAAAAAAUGUCAAAAUACAAAAGCCACAAAAACUUAGAAAAGUCGAAAAUAAAUGUUGGAAGAAACGUAAAAAAAAAAAAUAGUGAAAAAAACUGACAAAAAACAUCUAAAAAAAGCGACAGAAAUGUUGGAAAGGAACUUAGGAAAAAUAAUUUAGAAAGUGACAAACGUAAACGUGAUUCUGACAGGUUUCUCUUCCAUACAACAGAUAAUCUCAAUAGAUAGUUUGUUUCUUUCAGACUGUCUCCAGAUUAUUUAAAUGUUUCACACAAACAACUGUCUCCGCCUCAGUAUUUUCAAACUAAAACCUGUUUUUAUCUGAAAGUUUUUCACAAUAAAAGCAGGAAACGUAUCAGAAAGAUCUGCUUCUCUUCUUAGGAACCGUCACUUUAAAAGACACAAAAAACAUUAAAAAAACAAAACCUAAUUCUCUGACCUAUUCAGGUUUUAUCAUCAUUGAAAUAUGUUGUUUUGAAGUAAAUAAUUAGAUUGUAUAAUUCUUAAUUCAUAAUACCUUUUUAAAUGUUUGGCUGGCUGGUAGCAGCUUCAGGGUUCAAUGUUAAGGAUUUCUACUUGUACUCGACUCCAUCUCAGAGGGAAAUAUUUUUAUUUAAAUGCUUUUUACUGUCUGACAGUUGGAUAAUGAUUUGUGAUUUUAUGUUUUUAAAUACGUAGAAAAUUGUACAGAGUUUGGUUGGUGGAGGAAUCGGUAAGUUUGGCUCAGAUUUUAAGAGAGAGAUUUUCCAAAAACCAAAGGGUGGAAAGAAACUAAAUACAUUUACUUAACUACUUAAGUACAACUUUGGGGUACUUGUAUUUUACUUGCACUCCAUCUCAGAGGGAAAUCUUGUAUUACUAAACUACAUCAGUCACACCAACCAAACUCUGUGUAGUUUUCUACGUGUUUAAGAAACUCCACAAAUGUCUCAUUUUAUUUAUUCAGUCAGAUAUUUUCUCUACACGUUAUCCCCUUAUAGUUAUUAAGUUUUAACUCUUUGUUCCAAUAAGCCUCAUAUUAUAAUUGUUUCCCCCCCCCCCAAGAUAAAACUUUCAAAAUUAGAGCCAGAAAAGAAAAAGUAACGAAAUAAAAAUGUCAAACAUUUGAGAAGAAAGGCUUUAAAAAAUGUGAAUUAAAACAUCACUAAAUGUCAAACGUUGAAAGCCUCACAAAUGUACAAAACAAACUUCAGAAGCAUCAACUCAAUGUCGCAACAUUAAAUCAGACUCCGAUCUACUGCAGACUCUAUUUACAGAACAGGAAACUAAACUUUUUAUUUCAUCCAUUUAAUGAGUUUGUUUGGUCCCUAAAAUGUAAAAAAAAAAACUUGAUAAAUGUCCCAGUUUGACUUUUAUUUUCCUCCAGUAAACAGACAGGCGACAGAUCUUCACAACAUCUUUGUUCUGGAUCAAAACGUGUAACACAGUGUCGAGUCAGAACCUGAGUCAGAGUUUAAACUUCCUGUCUUCAACACACAGAAAGUUCAUUUAAUAAAGUCCUCGUUUGGUCCAGAAAAUGUUAAAAACAAUCAACAUUUUCCCAGUUUGACUCGCAGAAGAUCUUUCAAUGAAGACGGAUUUAGAACCCAGAACGUAGGUCCGAGUCUUUACUUUCUGUUGCAGGAUGAAGCCCAACAUCCUGGUACUUUGUCAGACUAAACUAUAUUUCUGGGACACUAAACAGAUUAUUAGCAUCUGCAUGUUGCACUAAUAUAAUGUUAUCACACAGCUGUGUGACUAAUAAUCAAUCCUCAGUUUAUUAUGAACAGGAGAAGUCUUUGGUGUUUCUGUCAGAAAAUGCUUUUUAUUUUUCUAAAUCAUGGUUUGUUUGGCGUCUGACUCGCUCUGCAUCAUCACUUUCUCACAACUAAAGAUUAUAAAUAUUAAAUCAAUAUUUAAUGAUCACA